AUGGAGUCCAUCCCAUCAAAGCCACUCAGAAACAUGGCAUCUACCUCGCGUACUACCCAACCACCAACCAACGCUGGCCAACACGCCAACACUGGCUCUGACCUUAAUGUGGAUCAACUCGUCUUGGAGCGAGCUUUGGCCGCCAACAGGGGUCAUGCGAACAAGACUGCCGAAGAUAUCAAGCAAGAAGAAUUAUUAAGGAGAGCUGCAGAAAGCAAACCUACGCCUCCACGUCCCAGGCAACAAGUGGCCACGACGCGGAAGAAAGCACCUGCUGUCACCACCAGCCAUGCAACAGUCGAAGAGGACCAGCGGCAAAAGGACGAAGCUGCCUUGAUGCAAAUUGUCGCGCAACGUUCGGCUUCUGCCAACAAAGAAGAGGCAGACUUGACAGCUAGGAUCAUCGAGAGCAAGACGGCUGCUAUUGCCACGGAAGCCAAAGGAAAUCCUGAUGAUUAUGUUUCCGAAAAGGGAGAUGCCAUCGAUUUGCUGGCCAUUGCCGCACGAAGAAGCGUCGAUGGUACUGUGACAUCACAAGAUAAUGUUCCUUCAGGUACUGCUGGUGAUGCUCCAAACCCACCCAAUGAUAUUGAAUACGAUAACGAAACUGGGAGACCCUUGGUCAAGGAUAGGAUGCCAGCAGGUUCGGUUGCUCCUGGUGCCUACUCUGGGGCGCCUGGUGCCGAGUAUCAAGCUUUGGAACCUGUGAGAUUGGAUGUUCUGGGAUCGUCGGAUAUGAGUCCAGCACAAGGACAGGCAGAGCCAAGUACCGUUGAUACUAGCGGAAUGCCAACAACCGGUGGUGCUACUCUGGUUAGGUCUGGAGGCGAAUCGGAUGAUCCUGCUGAGACCGCGGUAAAAGACAACGCCGACAGCAAGAAAAACCCAAUGAUGAUUGGAGCAGUUGUUGUGUUUCUCUUUUUGGUGAUCGUUCUUGCCAUUGCCAUUCCACUAGCUGUUCGAGGGGGGGGAACGGAUGGUCCUGAAGCGCAGAGUACGAAUGAGGAAGGUGAGGUAGAUCUAUUUCUCCCAACACGAGCACCAGACACCGACAUGGAAGCGUAUCUGUUAAGUCUUGUUCCGGAGGAAACUGCUGAGGUGAUUGCUGUUUCCCAGCAAUUGGAAGUUUCAGGAAACAAAACAGCUGCCCCAGCUUCGCUGUCACCCCCAGUGGAGGCGUUCCGUUGGAUGCUGGAACAUCAAUCCCUGAUCGAAUAUUCUGAUGCCCGUCUGCUUCAGCGAUUCAGUCUGGCUACACUAUACUACACAACCGAGGGCCAGGCGUGGACACGUGGAGGCCAGUGGCUGUCGUUUGAUCAGCAUGAAUGCAGCUGGGAUGAACGAGUGAUUGAGUGUGAGGGGAUGUGGGAAGAAGACAACUAUUUUGGCGGUGUGGUCACGGCCAUCAAGCUUUUGAGAAAUAGGCUGGAAGGAAGCAUUCCUAAUGAGCUUUCCCUGUUGUCCAAUGUUGGUGUUGUGGAUUUGUCAGGGAAUGAGCUAAAAGGAUCCAUGCCCUACACAAUCGGAAACAUGAAUAAUCUGACUAGCCUUGUUCUGGACGACAAUCAGCUUUCAGGUCAAAUUCCAAGUGAGAUGGGUCUUUUGACCAGCCUUCGCAGGUUCUCUGCACAGGAUAACAGUUUGAACGGCACAUUAGCACCUGAGCUCGGCGAUAUGAUUGAUCUUUCGGACCUUGUACUGUCGAGGAAUCAGAUAAGUGAAUCAAUUAUGGAGAAGCAUACCUUCGUCUUUUGGGCAGCUGAAAGCCCUUAG